UCAGAGUAGAAUUGUUUUUAUCUUCUCUGAACGCUCCAAACGCUCCAAACACAUGUUCCACUGUUGCAUGGCAUUCCAGAUACGUUUCAAACUCUAAAAAUGUCCAUUUACUGCGGUAAAUUAUGUUCUGCGAUACUAGAGGAGCAUUUUGGAACAAUCGUCCAGUCAGUGGGCGAUUGUUUGUACAAAAAUAGUUCACAGGGACUGCAUUUUGUGGCAGCAACUGCUGGAAUUCCUCUUAUCAAGGCGAAAGAAGCUUUAUGUGUUCUGAUAAAAUAUGGCUUUGUCUUCCACGAAAUGACUGAUAAGGGGAUGAGGUACACCCUGCUUCCUGAUAAAAUUAUAAUGGUCCUUCGAUACUCGAGAUUUAUGUUGUAUAUUAAAAAUUGUUGUGGAGAUGAAGGAGAGAUGAUUUUGGAGGAGAUACUUAAACAAGGAUUUGAUUCAGCAUCUCAUGUUAUCGUUAAAACCUACCUGAAAUUAGUCCAAAAGCUGGGUGAUGCAGCCCCAUCAGUGGUUUCACUCAGAGAUAAAUUCGACUGGCUUGUGCGUAAUAAAUUUCUGAUGAGAAGUAAUUGCACCGAUGAACUGGGUGAGACCCAGCCAGAGAACGUGGACUUCAGCAUGCCAGCAUUAAAUUUCAAAGCUCUCAAGAAUAUGAUUGAAGGUGCUGACGCAGAUGCCAAGGACAACGGCAUCAACUGGCGAGUGAAUUUUGAUAAAUUGAUUCAGGACCUCAGAGACAAAAUGUUCGUGGAGGCAGUUUCCAGGAUCGUAGACGAAGAUGCUGGUGAGCUGAUGAAGCAGAUGCUGUUGCUGAUGCAUGAGAGGACAGCCUCAUGGGCAGACACAUCCAAUCCAAUUCCCUACAUCGAUAUCAGGGAGAGAGUGAAGAAGCUGGACAUUCCUGGGCUAUUCCAGCACCUAGAUCAGUACAUCAGGCUAAUUGAGCAGGACUCGAGGCAGUUUCUGAAACGAGUUGGAGAUUCUGGUGGUGGACAAUUCAGUGUGAAUAUCAAAGAGGCAUUUGCCCAGCUGGCGUGGGCCACUCUGGAGAACAUCGUAAUGGAGAGGUUUGGAUCAAUGGCUGCUAGGAUAUUCAGGCUCGUCAAGACCAAACAAUACAUCGAGGUCGAGCAGAUCCAGCAGCUCGCCAUGAUUCCUGCUAAAGAGGCCAAACACCUGACGUUCAUUCUGUUUCAAGAGCACUACCUUCAGAUGGAGGAGGUGAAGAAGGCUGGGGUUUCCCAGGCACCUCUCAAAGCUUUCUUUCUUUUUCAUAUUGAUCUUAAUCAGGUCGUUAGGAUGGAGGUGGAGCACUGCUAUCAGGCAUUGUACAAUACCAUGCAGAGGAGGGAGCAUGAGACUGUGGGUAACACCAGAAUGAUUGAUAAGCAGCUGAGGAUUCAGACGUUGAUUAGUAAUUUGAAAGAGCGAGGGGCACCUGAGGAGCAGUUGGUCGAGAUUGAAGAGAUGAUGACACCAGCUGAGAAACAUCAACUGGAAAAGGUGCACAACGUCAUAAAAACCUUAGGAGGAGCUGAACUGCAGAUAGAAGAAACCUUAUUUCUCUUUUCUAUGUACCUACACUACCACUAGCUGUAAAUAAAAUAAAAUUCACUUCAAUUGAAUAAAUUAUUAUAAAAAUCA